GCCCGUACGGCGGCAUAUCGAACGUUUUUCACAUAAAAUUAAAGGGAAUAUCCGUAAAGGUAAAUUCACCAACACGAAUAAAAUAUUAGUACGAGUAGGAACCCUGUGAUAGGGGCAGCGAGGGGAGGAAUAAAAUCUGCAGAGCAGAAGCAGCAGCAGCCUGGCAGUGGCCCGUGCGCGAACGCGACAUACACGAGAUCAACUACACCAAUACACUUAUAUAUAUGAGAACAAACACAUCCCACACUGAUAGAGCACAUAUUUAUAUAAUAUAUAUAUAUAUAUAUAUAUUUGCAGGUACAUACGAUAUACUAUAACCGAAAACUAGUGACUAGUGUGUGGUGUAUAUAUUCGAGUGAGGAGCAAGGAGCAUUGUGGAUUAGUGGACUAGUCAGUAGUGUUGUUUGUCCGUUAGUACCUUGCGUUUUGGUAGCCAUCCUCGACCCACGUCGUCUUCGAACGGAUCUCGUCAUACUCUUACUCAUUACUCAUUACCGUCUUUCGCAGCGUACUUUUAAAAGUACAAAUAAUUAUUUAUUGUAGUACUAUACUGAUAGCAGGUGCUGAGAUUGGUAAUUUCGACGGCGCUCAGAGUCUCAGAGAAAUAAAAUGUACCAUUACUUGUGUUCCUGUCAAUAAUUUGUUUCUACAUUACUCUACGAGCAUCGUCAGUACUACUUACUACAGCAAUCGUUGAUAUAAAUUACCAUCAACAUCUACAGCUCCAUUCGACAUUAUUCUGCAUGUAAAAUAAAUAUAUAUCUGAUUGUAUAAAACUUACGACAAAACAACGACAUCGUCACGGACAUGAUCGUAAUGAUGGCAGGACGGGGAAAGUGUCGAAAGAACAGUGAAAUGGAUCCAGAGUGAUUUUUUACUUUACAAAUGAUAUAUUAUUUAUCAUUGGAUUUAUUAAAAACUGAUACAGAUACAGAAUAAUAAUAAAUAAGUGGCUGGUGCGUAGCUGCGUAGGAUCCAUCUAAGUUGGCGUCGUCGUGGCUGCUAAUAAUUGUCGAAUUUUGAGUUCUCGUCGUGCAUCGUCGCGUGCACUAAAUAGGACGAGACAUGGUGUCCAAGGUAAAUGAUUUUGAAAACUCAAGAUACAGCAGGGCUGCUGCUUACAUGAAGAACAUGAUAGGCGAGAAAAGUUCUGGCUGCGGGGCUGCCGAUUCCGACUUUGAGUUCGGUGCACCUCCUGAAGCCCCUGUCUUCGAGCCAACAGCCGAGGAGUUCCUCGAUCCUCUGGGUUACAUCGCCAAGAUUCGCCCGAUUGCUGAAAAAUCCGGGAUAUGCAAAAUAAAACCACCGCCUAAUUGGCAACCUCCAUUUGCCGUGGACGUCGACAAAUUUAAAUUUGUACCGAGGAUACAGAGGCUAAAUGAGCUGGAGGCUAAAACGAGGAUAAAACUCAAUUUUUUAGAUCAAAUUGCUAAAUUUUGGGAGCUCCAGGGUUCCUCGUUAAAAAUUCCACUUGUUGAAAAGAAAGCGUUGGAUCUUUAUUCGUUACACAAAAUAGUCAGCGAAGAAGGUGGAAUUGAAACGGUGAGACGAGAACGAAGAUGGGCGAAAAUAGCGAACAAAUUAGGAUAUCCCUCAGGAAAAAGUGUCGGAAGUAUUUUAAAAAAUCACUAUGAGAGAAUUUUAUAUCCCUUUGACGUAUUCAAGCAAGGAAAAAAUCUCGGUGAUAUUAAAAUCGAAGCUCCAGAAAUAGAAGCAAGCGAGAAGAAAGAUCGCGAUUACAAGCCACAUGGUAUUAUAUCACGUCAACAAAUAAAACCACCAGCAGCUAAAUUUUCUCGUCGAUCAAAACGUUUCACUGGACAAGAUGAGAAGCAAGAUGUUGCUGCAAUUAAGCAGGAAGACUGCAAAGAAGAAUGCGACUCGGACAAUGAAUGUAAGGAAGAAAUUAAGAUGGAAGACGAUAAAGACAGUAAAGAACUCAAGAAACUCCAGUUUUACGGAGCUGGACCUAAAAUGGCGGGCUACAAUACCAAAGAGACUAAAAAAUCAAAUAAAACACGCGGAAUAAAGUAUACGUAUGACUACGAUCCACUUGCCAAGUACAUUUGUCAUAAUUGCGGACGAGGAGAUAUGGAAGAGAGUAUGCUGUUGUGUGAUGGUUGUGACGAUAGUUAUCACACGUUCUGUCUUCUUCCUCCACUCACAGAAAUUCCCAAAGGCGACUGGAGGUGUCCUAAAUGCGUAGCCGAAGAAGUUUCCAAGCCCAUGGAAGCCUUCGGGUUUGAACAGGCCCAGCGGGAGUACACUCUCCAACAGUUUGGGGAGAUGGCUGAUCAGUUUAAGAGUGACUACUUCAAUAUGCCCGUUCACAUGGUACCCACCUCACUUGUCGAAAAAGAAUUCUGGAGAAUAGUGUCUUCCAUUGACGAAGACGUCACUGUUGAGUACGGAGCUGAUCUUCACACUAUGGAUCACGGUUCUGGAUUCCCCACAAAAACCAGCGUUAAUUUAUUCACCUGCGAUCAAGAGUACGCCGAGUCUGCGUGGAAUUUAAAUAAUCUUCCAGUACUCCACGGCAGUGUUUUGGGUCACAUUAAUGCCGAUAUAAGUGGUAUGAAAGUCCCGUGGAUGUAUGUCGGUAUGUGCUUUGCUACAUUCUGCUGGCACAACGAAGAUCACUGGAGCUAUUCGAUCAAUUACCUGCAUUGGGGAGAGCCCAAGACUUGGUAUGGCGUUCCUGGGUCAGAGGCCGAAAAGUUUGAACACUCGAUGAAGUCUGCUGCUCCAGAGCUGUUUCACAGUCAGCCUGAUUUACUCCACCAGCUGGUUACUAUAAUGAACCCGACUAUUUUAACAAAUGAAGGUGUCCCAGUAUUCCGAACGGAUCAACAUGCCGGUGAAUUUGUUGUUACGUUCCCGCGAGCUUAUCACGCAGGCUUCAAUCAAGGCUAUAAUUUUGCCGAAGCUGUCAAUUUCGCUCCUGCCGAUUGGCUGAAAAUUGGGCGAGAGUGUAUUACCCAUUACUCAAAUUUACGCAGAUUUUGCGUAUUUUCACACGAUGAGUUGGUUUGCAAAAUGUCUUUGGAUCCAGACUCCUUGGACAUUGGAGUUGCGACCGCUACUUAUCAAGAUAUGUUAACGAUGGUCGACGACGAGAAGAAGCUAAGAAAAAAUUUGCUUGAAUGGGGUGUUACAGAAGCUGAACGUGAGGCAUUUGAAUUAUUACCAGACGAUGAACGUCAGUGUGAAGCGUGCAAGACGACAUGUUUUCUCAGCGCAGUGACUUGUUCGUGUCAAACUAACCAGCUGGUCUGUCUGAGGCACUUCCGUAAUCUUUGCGAUUGUUUACCGGAAAAACAUACCCUUAGAUAUCGUUACACGCUUGAUGAAUUGCCAAUAAUGCUCCAAAAGUUAAAACUUAAAGCCGAGUCUUUUGACUCGUGGGUGAUCAAAGUGAAGGAAGCAAUGGACCCCAAGGGGGAGAAAAUUGAGUUGAGUGAAUUCAAGGAUUUGCUGAGUGAAGCUGAAAACAAAAAGUUUCCUGACAGUGAGCUGUUGACAGCUUUGACCACCGCUGUUCAGGAUGCCGAAAAGUGUGCCAGUGUCGCUCAACAGUUGUUAAACAACAAACAACGGACACGAACUCGACAGACUGUUGAUACCAAGUACAAAUUAACAAUCGAAGAGUUGACACUUUUUUACAAAGAAAUAACUAAUUUAUGUUGUGAAUUAAAAGAGUCAGACGGUGUUAAAUAUAUAUUGGAUCAAGUUCUCCAGUUUCAGAAAGACGCCGAGGAGUUUGAAGCACAGAGUGAUGACUGUGAUUUAGAUAAACUUGAGAAGUGUAUUGAUUUUGGUGAUUCUAUUUGCAUAGAACUCCCACAGCUUGUCAAAUUGAAGCAAAAGUUACAUCAGAUACAGUGGCUGGAUGAAGUUAAAACUAUGUUGGACGAAUCGAAAUCUAUUACAAGAGAAGAACUCGUUAAAUUGAUCGAUCAAGGUAGGACAAUUUCACCCCACAUAACCGUUGAAAAUAUGCUAUCUAAAUUGCAACAGCUUGUGGUCAAUAUUGACAAGUGGGAGGAGAAAGCUAAAGGAUAUCUACAAGCCAAGAAUGGUCAGAAUAUCAGUGUUAUCGAGGAAUUCAUCCAGGAAGCCGAUGAAAUCGAUGCCUAUUUACCUAGUCUUGAUAAUCUGCAGGAUAUAUUGAACAAAGCCAAAAACUGGACCAAGACUGUCGAAGAAAUUCAGGCACGUCGUGAAAUUUUUCCGUAUUAUGAUACUCUGGAUGAGCUCGUACGUAAAGGUAAAAAUAUUCCUCUGCAUUUAGAACAACUUUCAGUCCUUGAGUCGACGUUAUCACAGGCGAAGGCCUGGAAAGAACGAACAGCCAGAACAUUUUUACGUAAAAAUUCGCAUUAUACUCUGAUGGAAGCUCUAUCUCCGCGAAUUGGUGUCGGUGUUCAGGCAAUGAAGACCAAAAAGAACAAGGGAGACGAGAGUGCUGGUGCUCUCUAUGUCUGUGACACUAAACUCGAUGACUCAAGUGACUCUGCGAACGUUGUUGCUGCUUUUAAACUUGCAGAACAACGUGAAAUGGACGCAAUGAGGAGUUUAAGGGAAAGAAAUAUGCAGAAAGGAAACACCGACGACUCCAGGUUUUGUGUCUGUCGUAGGUCACGCUUCGGCUUGAUGCUCCAGUGUGAGCUGUGUAAAGAUUGGUUCCAUUCGAAUUGUGUGCCUCUUCCAAAGACAAUACACAAGGGUAAAGUACAAUCCUCACGGGAGAUUAAAUUUUUAUGUCCGUGUUGUUUGAGAUCGCGUCGACCACGUCUAGAAUCGAUUCUGGCACUGCUGGUGGGGCUUCAGAAAAUUCCCAUUAGACUACCAGAGGGUGAAGCACUCACUUGUCUUACUGAGCGCGCAAUGAACUGGCAGGAUCGUGCCCGGCGUGCUCUAGCCACCGAAGAAAUAUCCUCGGUACUCACAAAAUUGUCGGCAUUGUCACAGAAACUCGUUGAAGCUGCUGCACGUGAGAAAACCGAGAAAAUAAUAACUAGCGAGCUCAAGAAGGCGGCUAAUAAUCCAGAAUUACAUCAACGAGUACAGGCUAUUGCGCCACUGAGUGGUGUACAUUCUGAUGACAGUGUACUCAGCGCUGCUGAUGAUGACGAUGAUGUUGUUACUCUUGAUGGUGAUGAACCUUCAUGCAGUACUUUCAACAGUAAUGAACAUGCAUAUUCGUUUAUAUCUAAAUUACACCGUAAAUUACAAUCGCAAGGAGGUGAGAGUGCAGUAACCUUGUCGAUAAGCGCUCGAACAAGACUUGAAGACUUAAUGAUGGAAGGUGAUCUACUUGAAGUGGCUCUUGAUGAGACUCAAGACAUUUGGCGAAUUCUCAGCCAUACAAAUAGCCCCACAACAGUACGCAAGUAUGCGACAUUCGAAGAAGUCCAGGCAAGUUUCAAUUCUGAUAUGAAAGACGCUAAAAAACGUGGAAGAAAAAGAAAGUCUGACGAGUUUGAUAUGGGUAAAACAAUUAGUCGGCAGAAAAUAGUUGACGAAAAAUCUCCAGCUAAUACUCCGAAUGCUAUUAUCAAGAAGAAAGGUGCUAAUACACCGACUGGAGGAAGUGGAGCUGGAGCUGGAGCUGGAGCUGGAGCUGCAGCUGGAGCUGCAGCUACUGGGUUAAAUAACAAAGAUAAGAAAAUAAUGCCACAAAGUCCGCUGAAACGUGGACCUCGUAAGUUUUAUUUGAAUUGUUGUAGAUCAAACGAAAGGAUGGCGAAGAUGUGCCCAAAAAGAAAGGAGGAAACAGGAAAAAAACCAAGCAAGAUACCUCUGACGAAGAAGACGAUUGUGCAGCCGACAGUUGCCUUCGACCAAAUGGACGUGAAGUCGACUGGGUACAAUGCGAUGGUGGAUGUAACGGGUGGUUCCAUAUGCACUGCGUUGGUCUCGACAAAACCGAGCUUGCCGAGGAAGACGACUACAUUUGCAGUAAUUGCAAAGACGCGGAUCAAAACACAACGUCCCAGGGUUACCUCAGCGGGGACAACGAGCCGGACAUUGAAGAGCCCACGUCCUUCGCCAGAACCUAUUAAGUCUCUGCUGUAAAACACCGCACAAAGUCUUGAUGGAUUACACUAUUUAUUUAUACUAUUAUUAUGUUUAUAUAUAUAUAUAUAUAUAUAUUUUUUUUUUUUUUCCGUAUAAGACCUUGAUCACGCGGUGUUGUAGAUAGACUGAAAGAUAUAUAUUUAAAAACAAUAGAUGUAAAUUAAAUAAUUUAAAUUUAAAUAGGAGUGUGUUUUCUAUGGAAAGAGCGAAUUGAAAUUUUACACAGAUGGAUAAUAUAACUUAUAUAAUCAUAUCUACUUUGCCUUCUUAA